GUUACUCCGGAACACCCUCGCAAUCAAAUUAAAAGCCUGCUUUCCUGUGCGCUAUAGGGCUUUCAAAUCGUACUAUUUCGGGGAAGAAAUGUCUGUUUUCCUUCAUUAUACCACACCAGACCUCCCUUUCUAAGAUAAAUCCUCUGACUUUAUGCUGUUUGUUACCCCGCAGCAGCCACUCCUGUGCACCUGAGGGCUGUCGCUGCUUUUAGACUGCUGAUGCAAAGAUGGCGGAUGAGGAGAAGAGUGGUGAGGCUGGGAAAGAGAAAAACGACCUGCAAAUUUUAAAGGUACGCACCCCAGUUUUAUUCCACCAAUAAACAAGUCUCUAAAGUGUUUUGAGCUUUUAAAUUGUUGUCUAAUUAUGCUAUUAAAGCUGUAUUUAGUUUGAAGUCACUUGCAUGGCAUGUGCUGUAGUACUCGUUACUAUAACAACAGGCUAAAACCGUUGCAUCUACAUACCUGUCUUGGUUUUUCGGCCACAUUUGAGACAUAAUUUGAUAUUUAUAUUUGCCCUCCUUCUAUAGUUAACACGUAUUAGCCCCAUUUAGUAAUCUUUCUGCAUUCAGAUGCCUUUAAGUGGGCUUUAAAAGUGCAUGCUGAGGCUGCAUCCAUUCUGUUUCUUGCUGAGUCAUUAGAUUUACGCUGUAUCAUGAAUUAAGGAUGGGCAGGGUUAGAGAUUGGAAAGCUAAAGCAUUUAUUAUAGUGUUACUGCAUGUAGAUUAAGAUGUAGAAAUGUGCUUUUGAUCUAUUUUUAAAUCAGUCAAAAACACACAAUUGAUCUUUCUCAUCCCCCCGCCCUUAUUCCAGGAGCUGGUGGAUGACCUGUAUAAAUUUAGAGAUUGCUAUUUUGAGACUCACAGUGUGGAGGAAGCUGGGAGGAAACAAAAAGAUGUCGCACAGGAGAUGGAAAACACACUGAAGAAGCUGGAAGAGAAAGAAGGUCAGUUACAUUAUAUAGGCGCAGUUAAAAUUGAGGUCAAGGUCAAGCUAGUUUGUGGUAGUUUUGGCGCUGUGGGCAGGUGCAAGGUCCUCCUGCUGCAAAUAAGCACUUCAGACUCAAAUCAUGUACACCUACUCAGUACGUUCACACGACACUCGAAAAAAAAACCUAGUUAUUGCCUUAUUCCAAUUAAAGGUCCUUACCCACCGGGGCCGACGCGAAUAUAGAACACGAAAUUAUUUCAGGGGGGAAAAGACGCAUCCCAGGGAAGACUUGUCCCGGGGAAAGGCCCGCCUCCUUUGCCUCUGAUUGGCUAGAAAAGCUGGAAACGUCAUCAGAAAAAUCAACAAUAAUUGCACGAAAAAAUAAAUGCCGCAAUAUCGCACGGGAAACCGUCGCUGAUGUGAAUGCUUGUAUUGACGGGAUAGGGGUUUGAAAAAAAAUGUUGAUGUCCGAAAUAAUGGCACGAUAAAAACAGUCCCGGUGUGUAAGGACCUUUACUCAGUACAUUUACAUGACACUCGAGAAACAGAUAAUGCGAUUGGAAUUCGAUUUUCUCCACCAUAUGACCAGGGUAGUUGGAGUAUGAUCGGACAACAUAUGUGUGCGUGCGCCACGCCCCCAGAACUACUCCGGAACAAAAACACCAGAGAAGAGAAGUAGCGUGCAUCUCAUCUGCAGAAAAAGUAGCGCGUAUAUCAUGUACGACAAAAUCAACACUUUACGAUGCUCCAUCUUCUUUUUCGAAGAUGCCCAGCAGUGGUGGUAGCCCUGAUGUCUGGCAUGGACCUGCUGUUGUUGUAGACAGUUGUAUGGGGUCGGAAACAGCACUGCUUAAAAGACCCAUAUCACCCCCUAGUUUUGGGGAGGAGGACACGUUCACAUCAAUAAUUCAAUUUUCUCAGCUGCAUGUAAACGCAGACAAGGAGACAUGUCCGAUUCGGCGAUAAAACUGAAUUAUGAGCUUAGUCUGAUAAAGCUGUGCAUUUAAACGCACUGACUGUCUCUCUGUGUGGAUGUUUAAAGGUGAUUUGAAACACAAAGCAGAGUUCCUGCUGCAGAAGGGCAGGUGUCUCAACGUGGCUCCAGACUUCAGCACUGAAGCAGAGGAAUGCCUCUCUCGGGCGGUGAAGCUGGAGCCGGGUCUGGUGGACGGCUGGAACACAUUAGGGGAGCAGUUCUGGAAAAAAGGAGACUUGAUGGGUGCCAAGAACUGCUUCACUGGAGCCUUGCAGCAGGUAGGAAAGAUAAAAAGAGAGUAAAACUCAGGGUUUUAAACACGAUUGAUAAAAAAAGAUGGAAAAAUAGAACCUGUCCAUUCACCUUUUGCUUCAUCUUCUGUCUCUGCAGAGCAAGAACAAAGUAUCCCUGCGUAACCUUUCCAUGGUGCUAAGGCAGCUGCCAGCAGUGGACAGGGAAGCACAUGGGAAGCAGGUGAUGGAGAGUGUGGACAUGGCCAGACAGGCGGUGCAGCUGGAUGUCACUGAUGGCACUUCCUGGUGUAAGGAGAGCGUCUGGGAUCUUAGUAGAGGAACUUUUUCUCUCUGGAAUGUCUGAUGUAUCUUUAAUCCAUGUUUGGAUUGUUGUUCUAGAUAUCUUGGGAAAUGCCUAUGUGUCACUGUUCUUCUCCUGUGGACAGAAUCCACAGCUGUCUCAACAAGCUUUAAGUGCCUAUGCACAAUCUGUGAGUAUUGAUCACUGAACACAUUACUAAAGCCAAUCAGCUCUAACACCAACAUAACUAUACUCAUAUUUGAUCUUUCUGUGUUUGGUCUGCAGGAGAAAGUGGACCGAGCCGCCUCCUGUUACCCGGAGCUGCACUUCAACAGAUCCACUCUGUUUCAGUACGAGGAGAUGUUCGGGUCGGCGCUCAGUGGCUACAGCAGAGCAGCCGCGCUUGACCCGAGCUGGGAGGAACCUCCGGAGAGAGAGAGGCAGCUGCUGGAGUAUCUGAAGAAAGUCACAGAACUCAUACAGAACAAGGUAAGAGGAGGUGUAGCUCUACCGCACACUCAGCUGUACAAGAAAUCUCCCCCUCAUUGUUGAUGAUCAUCACAAGUUUAUGACCACUAGGUGGCAGCAAAGUGUCUAGUUAAGUCCUAACCUCCACUCUGUCUCUCUCUCUCUUUCUCUCUCUCAGGGAAAAGUCAAGGCGAGAAGGUUACGGUCGAUGCUCUCCUCCCUCAACACCUCAGCGCUUGGUCCCUGCUCCUCCCCUCAGUUCCGCUCCCCAUCGGGCCGUAUCGGCAGCCUGGAGCCGCGGACGCUUUCCUCCCUCACACACGGUCAUCACCCUGGGGUGGCCGCCAUGGGAAAGGUGGUGUUCAGUCUGGCCUCUGAGGGUCGCAUGGCCUUGUGAGUGUAAUUUUAAGUAGUUUGAAUCUCAGUCUUAGUUUGAUUUUGGGAGGUUUUGUGAAAUUUUGCUCUCUGUGUUUCUGCAGCACGUUUGGCAUGGUGGACAGCGAGGAGACGUGUAUCGUGGUGAUGGUUUAUAACACAGCAGACAGCUGGGGCGUCCUGAUCGGAGACACAGUGGUCAUUCCUGAACCUCAGGUCAAACGAAACAGCAUCACACAUAAAGACGAGGUCAGUGCUGCACACGUUCUGCGUAAAUAUUUCAGAUUAUGUUUCUCUGCUGUACGUGGUCUGACUUUUGUACGUCCUGUGUCUGGCAGUCGUUUGACUUCAGAAGUAUACGAGUGGACUCGCCGCUGCUCCUCAUCGUCAACGGCAAGAAACAGAACGUCCACAGUCAGAUCGCCGCCUCGGUCAGCUACAAACCACAGAGUGAAUGAGCCAAAUAACAAGCGGAGGACCAAAUUUUGAACUUUGAAAAAACGAGAUCAGAGGUUUGAAGUUUCCAAAGUUUGUGCCUGAUUUCUGAGCUGUCUGUAAAUAAUUCACCUCAUCACUUUGCCUGUAGAGAAACACUUAGUGUAUAUUUAUAAAUAUUCCUUUUUUUGUCGUUUUAUUUUUGUUGGAGUUUUUUGAUAAUGAAUGGACCUUUUGAUGAGAAGAUGUCACAAAUGUUCUUCAGUUUACCCUUCAAAAAAAAAAGAAGUCCUUUUGUCUUAAAGAUUCUGUUUGUGUGGUGUUUUGGAAGAGCAGUACACAUUUUCACUUGUCCAUGGAGGGAAAGCUCAUGAACAUCUACUAUUAUGAUUAUUUCAGUUUUGAUUUGAUUGCCAGGAGCCGACACUGUACUUUGAAGUGAGUUCAAUAUACCUAAGGUACUUUUCAAUUAUGUAGGUGGCUUCACAAACCCUGACAAAGCAAGUCAUACACAUAAUUUAUCUGCCUGGAGUAACUGAAGGUGUUCACACGAACAACACACUUGUUCACUCAUUGAUCUUUCUCACUGGACGACAAGAAAGCAAAAACUAGAGGAAAACAGAGUUUUGUACACUUGCAAUGCCGUAUGGAUGAUAAUCCCUUCAUUCAUUCAUCAGUGUAUGAGUGAAGAAAACUGUAUACAGUUGUUGAAUUGGCUGUAGAAGUUGCUACCUUGACAAUAUCCGCAAACAACUAAAGGGAUAUUCCAGCGUACAAUUAAUUUAGGGUCAAACACACAGUAACACCGAGUUAGACACCCCAUUGACUCACCUACUCUCUUCCAGCAGACC